AACUGAGCCCAAAAGGGAGUUUGUAGCUAUAUUAUCUGUUCGUAUCCUUCUCAUUUGCCUAGCUUUUUUCUUCCAUAUUUCAUCACUCGAUGAUCUAUUUCAGAAACCCACUUGCGUAUAUGAUGUGAAAUCCUGGCUCUUGAAGGAGAGAUCCCAUUUUAGAAUUUCCAACUCUAAACCUGCUCCAUUCUCAUCUUAUGAUGAUCUCAAGUUCAUCACUUGACUGUGAGCAAAAAUGGGUGGCCACCAGAUAGAAUACGCAAGUGAUUAAUGUGAAAACUAAAACGCGUAUUAUGCAUCAGAACUGAGACAAAGAUAUGGGAACAGCAAGUGAUUAAUUGAAAUAAUGCGAUAUUUAUUACACACACGCUUACCAACUGUUCGUUAAAAGUUCCAAACCAGCAAAAUGGAUAUUGUUGGGUUAGGUGACCGAAAAACCAGCAAGAUGCGGUAGUCCCCAUGCCAUGGCCUACCUUGAUUGCUAGCUUAUGCCUACAACUUGGCCAUGGAAGAAUGUUCGGAUGGAAGCCCAUUCUGAAAAGCCACCAACUUCUUCUCUUAGAAGGAAAUUUGGCUUUUGCGACUGUUUUUACCCUUCAGAAUCAUUGCAGCUAUACACUAUGGCCGGGAACACUCUCAGGCAAUGGCGCAGCAGUGCUUGGCGACGGCGGAUUCCCUCUAGCUCCCGGUACGUCGAUGCAAUUGACUGCUCCCCCGGGCUGGUCCGGGAGGUUCUGGGCAAGAACUGGCUGCGACUUCGAUAGCUCUGGCAAUGGGAAAUGCCAGACGGGUGACUGCGGCGGGACGCUUAAAUGUACCGGCGGCGGCAUGCCCCCGGUCACGCUGGCGGAGUUCACUAUCGGCUCAAGCAGUAACAAUAUGGAUUUCUACGACAUUAGCCUCGUCGACGGCUACAAUGUGGGUAUGGGCGUCCGGGCAAACGGAGGCACCGGCGACUGCCAGUACGCCGGCUGCGUCUCGGACGUAAAUGGAAUCUGCCCGUCGGAGUUGCAGGUAACCAACUCAGGCUCGGUGGUGGCCUGUAAGAGCGCAUGCGCCGCCUUCAAUACGCCGGAAUUUUGCUGCACGAAUGAUCACUCGACGCCGCAGACAUGCCCUCCGACGAAGUACUCAGAGAUGUUCAAGAACGCCUGUCCGUCGGCGUACAGCUAUGCAUACGACGACGCUUCGAGCACGUGCACAUGCACCGGGUCCGACUACUUGAUUAGCUUUUGCCCGUCGGGUUGAUCCUUUACUAUUAUUACCUUAUCCUUUAAUUGCAUUUUUACUUUUAUUUUAUGAAUCAUUAAAGUCUUCUUUUUUCUAAAGAAUAAAAAAUAUAUAUAGCCAAUACAGUAUUGUAAGCCAAUACAGUAUUAAAUAGCAACCAACUUCGUUUAAAUUUUUAUAAUUAUCAUUUAAAUUCA